AUGGCCACCCUCGUUCUUCCCAAGAUGCCGCCAGCGGCCAACAAGCCUGGUGUGCUCAGCUUCAAGGCCGUCAUGCCUCCUGCCUUCGCCUCUGACACCGAACGUCAGCGCUUCCAGAAGGGCGCCUUGGCUCUUGGAGCGAGGGUCAUGGACGAACGUGGCUGGGGAGUAGGCUAUUCCGUGGGUCUCAGCGCGCGUGACGCUCUCGACACCAACCUCGUGUGGGUGGUGCCCCGCGGUAAGCCACUCUGCACCAUCGUCUCGGCGGACCUCAUCGGCGUUGACCUCAAGGGCGAGAUCAGGGUGUCGAGCAAAGACGGGCGUGGGCUCGACCCCGAGUGGCUCCCCCUGCAUCUGGCUGUGUACAACGCCCGUAGCGACGUCAAUGGCAUCACCAGCGGACACACCCCGCAUGCACGCGCGUUUAGCGUCAAGGGCGAGACGCUCAAGAUGCUGUGGCAGGACAGCUGCACGUUUUACAACUGCGUGCCCGUCUGCCCAUUCCAGACGGCUGCCAACGCUGCUACCAACCCCCAAGGCAUCGCCGAUGUCCUUGGUGAGAAGGGUAUUGGCAUGAUCCUGCAGAACCGCGGUGUCCUCAGUUGCGCCGGGACGAUCGAGGGGGCAGUGGGCGGAUACGUUCGCAUUGAGGGUUUGGUUGGUAACCAGCUGCUUGUCGAGGCAGCCAUCAAGGGCCGCGGCGGGGACGUGGUGCCCAUUGGCGAGGAGGAGAUUCUGUUUUCCCAGAAGAACACUAGUGGAGAGUACUCGCAGUGGUUCCAGGCACAACCGUACUUUGCCCGUGUGGUGGAGCGUCACGGCUCGGCGCUGGAAAUCUAG